AUGGUCAAACUGCCAGUGAUUGCUGACACCAACAUCAGUGCUAUAGCCAGUCAGGUGGAGAGUAUGUCGACUAGCAGCUGCUCCGAGACACAUCCAGGGGAACCAGAAGCCCCCAAACCCAAGAGUAUCUGCCUGGAGAAAGGUUCUGACGGCCUGGGCUUCAGCAUCGUAGGAGGCUUCGGAAGCCCUCAUGGAGACCUGCCAAUCUACAUCAAGACUGUCUUCAGCAAGGGGUCAGCUGCGGUGGACGGGCGUCUGAAGAGGGGUGACCAGAUCUUGUCUGUGAAUGGAGAGAGUCUGGAAGGGACCACACAUGAGCUGGCUGUGGCCAUACUGAAGAGACAGAAAGGGGCCGUCACCCUGGAUGUGCUGUCCUAGCUCACACACACCCCUUGAACUGGUUUGAACUCCCCAACAUGUUGGAAGGAGUUGACCAACAACUGAUGCCCGUCUCCAGCCCAUUAAACAGCCCAUUAACGUGAAGGGGAUUUUGGUUCUGGAAGGAUUCAGUCAAAAGUUAACACAUGUUGAACCAUGGAAAAUAAGAGGACUGUAUAUGGGGGGGUUGCAGGAAGUAGGGACACCUCAUUUCCUGUGUGCCAUCUUAUGAGCUUCACUGUGAGGGCGGUUCAACCUCUGUACUGACUGGAUACACGACUCAAAAUGGUGAACGUUUGGAUAUUAUGAAUCGAGGAAGCGAAGUGGGAAGCUUUAUAUGUGAACGAUGUGAAUAUCGGAUCUCUUUGUGUCAUUUCAACUUUGUGUGAUCACACAUCAUAGAACACUGAUAGGGCAAUAUGAAUGGUUCAGUUGGUUAAGGAGGUCUCUUCACCGUUAGCUUAGCAUCUCCCUUAUGGGGAGACACUGGUUAGCCGUUAGCUGUUAACUGCAGGUGCUGCUAAUGUGAAAACUGUGAGGAGGAAUGGUCUCGGCAGGACGCACUAAACUGGAACAGAUACUACACACACACACACACACAAUAGGCUAGUUAGUCGCUGUCAGGUUGACACAUUCUCAUUCAUCACAGACACUUGUCCAUUUGUCUCAUGUCAUGUCAUACUUGUUGCAAACAGACAAUUUAAACUCCUAGUGAUUGGCUUACACAACACUACUCAGUUCAACAGUGAUUAGGCUCGACAUGGCCAAAGGAAGAAGAAAUGCAUUCUAUAGUAACUGGUAAACAGCCGUGCACUUCUAAUACACUUCAUAGCAUGCUCGUAAGAAUGCCAUAACUCCCUCUGUAGACAUUCAAAGGCAGUUAUAAAGGCCACCCAACUACCGGCUGGUGUCACUAUACAGUACCUUGUGUAGUCCUGCAGGAAGUUGCUGUAGGAAGCUUCUUUAUUCAUUUUUUACUUAUUUUUCGUGGUAUCCA